UUUUUUUCGAUUGGCUACAAUUGCAGUCACAUGCGACUUCCGCCCAAUGAGCAUGAUCGUUUUCCAUAUCGUGGGCGUUUCCAUUUGCACUCUGCUGCCGAGACCAGACCGGGAGCUAGCGUGCAGCACCGUCCAUUAACAGUAACGAUACCACGAGGCGGACUGCAACAUUGUCAUCUGUUGCCGAGAAGACCUUUUUUAACACUGUCAUUCACUGGAUAUAGGAGUCAUCACGAUCUCCAGAACAACAAUGCCUCCCCCAAUGCGCCACCGCUCCAUGCGUGUCUUCAUGAAUGAUGACCGCCAUGUCAUGGCCAAACACUCUGUCAUCUACCCAACUCAGGAGGAACUGGAAAGUGUACAGAACAUGGUAUCCCACACAGAGCGUGCCCUCAAGGCUGUCUCUGACUGGCUCGAUAAGCAGGAGAAGGGAACCUCCAAGUCUGACUCUGAUGGCACAGACACUGAUAAGGAAAGUGAGCACAAAGAUCAGGCCACCCGCUCUCUGCGCGGCGUAAUGAGGGUGGGCCUGGUUGCCAAGGGCUUGCUACUGAAGGGGGACCUGGACCUGGAGCUGGUGCUCCUCUGUAAGGACAAGCCUACCAUCAAUCUGCUGAAGAACGUGUCUGAAAAUCUUGUUACGCAGCUCAAGGCGUCAGAAGACAAGUAUGUGGUGACCCAGCACAUUCGUGAGGCCAGUAUUGUCAUCAAGAACGCCAAGGAGCCCCCUCUCACCCUCACCAUUCACCUGACAUCCCCUUUGGUUCGUGAGGAGAUAGAGAGGGCUGCUGCUGGAGAAUCGCUUUCAGUCAACGAUCCCCCGGAUGUUCUGGACAGGCAGAAAUGCCUAACUGCCUUGGCGUCUCUCCGCCACGCUAAGUGGUUCCAGGCCAGAGCCAACGGGCUGCGCUCCUGUGUCAUCGUAAUCCGGAUCCUAAGGGACCUCUGUGCUCGCGUCCCCACAUGGUCCCCACUUCGUGGCUGGCCACUGGAGCUGAUCUGUGAGAAAGCCAUUGGCACAGGGAACCGGCCCAUGGGGGCAGGAGAAGCUCUGCGGAGAGUUUUAGAGUGUCUGGCUUCAGGAAUCCUCAUGGCAGACGGUGCUGGAAUCUCUGAUCCAUGUGAGAAGGAGCCCACAGAUGCUAUUGGUCACUUAGACCACCAGCAGAGAGAAGACAUCACAGCAAGUGCACAACAUGCCUUAAGGCUGUCAGCUUUCGGACAGCUUCACAAAGUGCUCGGAAUGGAUCCCCUUCCCUCAAAGAUGCCCAAGAAACCUCGUAGUGAGACUCCUAUUGAUUACACAGUGCAAAUCCCACCCAGUACGGCGUAUGCCCCGCCAAUGAAAAGGCCCAUUGAGGAAGAGGAGGGAACUGAUGACAAGAGUCCAAAUAAGAAGAAGAAAAAGCUGCAGAAGAAAUCUCCAGAGGAGAAAGCUGAACCUCCCCAGGCUAUGAACGCUCUGAUGAGGCUCAAUCAGCUGAAGCCAGGUCUCCAGUACAAACUGAUAUCUCAGACCGGCCCAGUUCACGUUCCAGUCUUCACUAUGGCUGUAGAAGUGGACGGCAAGACCUUUGAGGCUUCUGGUCCAUCCAAACGUACUGCCAAGCUGCACGUAGCUGUAAAGGUCCUCCAGGACAUGGGUCUGCCUACAGGAGUGGAACUAAAGACUGAGCUGGUAAAAUCAGAGGAGGCGGAAGUAGCUGUCGCUGUGGAAGAAUUGAAGCCAGUAGUAACGCCCAUUGAAACUACCAAUGCUGCCACAGGAACAGCCAACACAGACACCACUGAUGCUGUAGAGGCUGCUCGCCAACAGGGACCAAUCCUGACCAAACACGGCAAGAACCCCGUGAUGGAGUUAAACGAGAAGCGCCGUGGCCUGAAGUAUGAGCUCAUCUCGGAGACCGGCGGCAGCCAUGACAAACGCUUUGUCAUGGAGGUGGAGAUUGACGGUCAGAAGUUUCAGGGGACAGGAUCCAAUAAGAAAGUGGCCAAGGCUUACGCUGCCCUGGCAGCUUUGGAGCGGCUCUUCCCUGAGGGCUCUUUGGCUGAGGCCGCUAAAAAGAAAAAGGGACCACCCAUGCACACUCCAGGCUUUGGCAUGAUGGGAGCCUCUGGAGACGCAGCCGGGCCCAGGGGCAGAGGGAGAGGAGGACGAGGUCGUGGAAGGGGCAGGGGCUUCAAUAAUGGAGGAGGCUACGGCCAAGGAGGUGGCUUCGGAACAUAUGGUUACGGGAACAGUGCUAACUCUGGAUACAAUUACUACAACAAUGGUGGUACAAAUGGAGGAGCCGGGGCAUCGAGCAGCCCAUCAGGUGGCCCUUCAGCCAGCACAGCACCAGGAUCAGCACAGGGCUCCUAUGGUUCCUACUACCAGAAUGACGGAGCCUUCACUGCCGCUUCUGCUGCCAAACCCCCCAAAAAGAAACCCACCAUGCACAAGGGAGGGAAGCCACCCUUUCCAGGUCCCGCAGGGGUGAACACUGGAUCUGCAGGGGGGUACCAGUCCAGCAGCCCCCCAGGGCAGGGCUCCUAUAACCAGUAUGGCCAGGGCUAUGGGCAGGGAAAGAAGAGUUUCAACCAGAACCAGGGGGGGACAGGUGGAUAUUCGUACAGCACUGCCUACCCGAGCCAGGUGACAGGGGGUGCUGGAGGUAGCCAAGACUACAGUUAUGAAGGUUUCAACAACCAGUCCAAUUACAACUCGCAGGGAGGAGGAGGAGCCAACCAGGGCUUUAGCACCAACCACUCUCAGUACCACAACCCAGUGGGCUACGGCAGGGCAGACAGCAGCAUGAAUUACCAGUACAGAUAGACUGUAACACUCCGUCUGUGAAUCAUUGGCACCAAGCACCCUGCAUCAGUGUCUCAAGCCUUCUCCAAAGAAAGUGAUUGACGGCUUGUCUGUGCUCUCUGCCUUUUCCAUGUCUGCUUCUUGUCUUGCUUUUGGGUUUAUAUGGGGAAGAUGUGGGCACAAAAUGAGACGUCUGGACUUUGUAAGUGUCAGAGCUGAAUUUAGUGGUCUGCGUCAGUGCUUAGUCUUGUGUUGUUGUUUUUUUUUUAAUUUGUUUUUUUUUUUUUUAGGUUAUUCUUAUUUUUGUUUUUAAUCUCUGCUACCAGUCCUCAUCACCAAAUAUGAAGGCUGAUGCUACAAGUUACUCACUCACUAGCUCUGACUUGGUUUCCUUUCUUAUAAAGAGUUCUGUGGUGACCGCAUUUUUUUUCUCUCUCAUGUGAAACUAGUAAAAUCUUGUAGUUUUAAAAUACAAAAGUUGUUGUAUUUUAUUUUUUGUAACAAUUCAAUAGGCCUGAAUAGCUUGUUCUUUUCUGCAUUGCUUGUAAUUUUGGCUUAUUUUGUAAUAGUGUAAUAGUUAUUUUAAUAAAUGGUUUUGGAGAUUACUGGAAAAUACUUACAUUCUGAUGUUAAAUCCACGUUUCUGCUCAAUGUAGCUUUUUGAUUGGGUGGGAUUUGUUCCUCCUAAUGUAUAACAAACUGUGUUUGUAUUAAUAAAUAAUUUUUAUUUUGAA